CACCGGAUAUAGUUCUCCCGCGGUUUGUUUAACUUCCGGUGUUCAAGUAGCUUCACUGUGGGAAAAUAGCGUAAACUCAGGCGUCUAAUUCUCUUUUAAAUGCUUAUAAUAUUACAAAAGCAAUUGCGAAGCAACACAAGCGGAACAGAACGUAAUGGCCUCUCCGCUUCCGCUUCCCCUUCCCUCCCUGCGCCUCCUUGUUCCUCCUUUGCGCCUCUUAACAGCAGCAAUUUGGCGUAUAGCUCUACAGCACAACAUACAGCAUUAUGGGAUGCUGGAAGACUUUGUCACCGUGGUGACUGAGGCAGUGCCACAGCUGUUGACAGAUAGGCAGAGGAAGCUGCUGCUGCUUAGCCUCAGGGCCAAGGUGACCCUCUCUAACACAGAGGACAUCCUGAAUCCUCUAGACAAAAAACCUGUCAACUUCGGAUCUGUGUUAAAUAAGGACAAAGAUGAACUGUGUCCAUUGCUUGCAACUCUGAGCGACCAAACAAGACUUAAUGCUGCUGGAAGACACCGCCUCCUACAGGAGGUGUUUGACCACACGUUUGACUCUGCCCUUCUUGCACUCCUGUCAGACUUCCUGUCCAGGAUCGAGCAGAUGUUCCCUGUGCCUGACUUCAAACAGGCAGCUUCAUGGCUCGAUACUACCCCUGCUGAUCUGGAAGACUGUCUGCAGGGAUCAGACCAUGAGGACUUGAAGCAGUUACUAACUAAUCAAAGCUGUUUACUGGGUUCUGUGACCACCAGAGUUGGCAGUGACAGUGAGAAGAUCCUUCUUGCCACCUGGUCCCACCCCCUCAUUACCAAACUGACCAAUCACAGUUAUUCUCCUUCCGAGGCUACAGCACAGCCGUCGAACAUCAUUGCAGAGGAUUUAAAUUCACAGCUAGUGAAGGUGGAGGUUAUGGUGAUGACUCAGGACGACCAGGUAGAGGAUGUGUUGCCUGUCCAACAGGAUCUGACCAAUCAGGGUCAAGGAACCAUGACACCUAUGAAGGAGUCGCCAGGAAACAAUAUCCAGCAAUUAGAGGAAACAGUCGACCUGCCAGAUGUGUCCUGCUCUGAAGUCACAGCUAACCCACUGUUUAACAUUUCCCACAACUCCCAGCGAGUGGCUCACAGGUGUCCUCAGUGCGGCAAGUGUUUCAUCUAUCGCUCUCUGGUGCUUCGUCACCUGAGAAACAACAAGUCCUGCAGCUCCACCUUGACUUCAGCUAGAUUAAGAAAACAACUGGAACCGCCUGAUAAGCCCCGCCCCCAGAGGUCUCUGCCUUGUUUUCAGUGCAAUGCUGUCUUUAAAACCAAAUCUGAGCUCUUGUCCCACCAGCGUAGCCACCACACCCGUGGCAUCUACCAGUGCAGCCAUUGUAAUAAGGUGUUUUACUACCUGUCUAGUCUGACCAAUCACAAGCAGACACACCUGGACAGGGGCAAAACCAGAACCACCAUCAGGAGCUCUCCAGAGAAAGGGUUUGAGGCUGUGGAGGAUUAUGCAGUCAAGCAGUUUGAAAACCGGCCUCAGGAUCUGACGUGCUCUGUUUGUGAACAGGGGUUUGGUUCUCAGACACAGCUGCUGCGCCACAUGCAAACACACUCCGUAGAGGGCGCUGCACCUGUCUACAACUGUCGUUUCUGUGAACAGAGCUUUUCAGGUGUGACUCAGCUUCGUAUCCACCAGCGUUCGCACACUGACCGUUCGUACCAGUGCGACCUGUGCAGUAGGACAUACGGCUCCCUAACAGGGCUCCAGUCACAUCGUGCCAGUCACAGCACCGAGAGCCGCUUCCUGUGUUCACAGUGUGGGAAACGUUUUAAGACCCGGGAUGGGCUUGAGGGUCACCUUAGGACUCACACGGGUGAGCGCCCCUAUCGCUGCCCCUACUGUCCAAAAGACUUCACUGCACUUGCUGGUCUCAACGUGCAUGUGCGGCGGCACACUGGGGAGAGACCGUACGUGUGCACGGUGUGCGGCAAGGGUUGGCCCUCAGGUGGUGACCUGCAGAAACACAUGAGGACGCAUACUGGAGAGCGGCCAUAUGUGUGUGUGGACUGUGGGAAAGCCUUCUCCGUUUCCUGUCACCUGACUGAACACCGCAGGAUACACACAGGAGAGAAACCUUUCUGUUGUCCCGAGUGUGGAAAAUGUCUGCGCAGGAAGUUUGAUCUGAAGAAGCACAUGUUGUCUCACAACAGUGUUCGUCCAUACACCUGUCUUUACUGCCCGAAGAGCUACACCUGCAAAACACACCUGAACAGACACCUGCAAACCCACAAAGGCACAAAUGUUGAGGCUGACACCCAUUGACCCACCAGACAAUAACUCUACACACCCUGGUAGAAAAGAAAAGAAGGGACUGGAAGUGGACACGUGCAUCUAAGCCACAAAUGUACAGAUGUCCUUGAUUUACAGUGUCAAGGAUGCAAGACUUAAAAACUCUAACUUUAACUGCAAAAAGUGAUUAUGAAACCAUACAAUACUAAAGGACACUCUGUGCUAAUGUGAAAUUUUGCAAGGGCUUUUGUUUCUAAAUAAAUACCCUUUAUAUCUGUAACCUCGAUUGCUUUAGUUCCAGUGGUUUGGUGAACAAAGAUGAAAGUGAGAGGCGAGCGAAGUAGACAGGAAAUGAGCUUUAUUAUCACAGUAAGAACAGGAUGUUUUUAGUCGUCGUCAUCAUUUCCCACUUUCUCAAUGGUUUUCCUCAUCCACCUACUCAUCCGGUACACAUGAGUGUAGAAGCCGUACUUUCCAUCUCUGUCACAACCUUCGCCCCAUGACACGAUGCCCAUCUGGUACCAUCGGUUAUC